GUGCGCUCUUGAAGAAGCACACAUGCGCAAUGGGCGUCUUCACUACCACAUUCCUCGCUUGAGCUCUGGCUAAACUAAAACGAACUGGCCCUUGAUUAAUUUUCCCUUGCUCAGUUAGGGAGAAAAUAUAUUCAACCGUAUUUAUAGGCUAAAUAUAUUCGUGUAAUUGAUCAGAUUUGUGCCUAAAUGAAAAUAGUCGGCCGAGCAAUUACAGUUUAACAUCGGGCCUUACCACUGGUUGUCCAGCGUGCUUUCACUAACUGAUCCCCCUGCCCCCUCAGCUCCAUCACUAUCACCAUGGCAACAGAGGAGAAGAAACCAGAAACUGAGGCCACUAAAACAUCAUCUGCAUCUGCCAGCCAGAGCAAGUCGGCACCAGUCAAGCCUAACUACACCUUGAAAUUCACAUUAGCCGGCCACACAAAAGCAGUUUCGUCUGUCAAGUUCAGUCCCAGUGGAGAGUGGCUUGCCAGUUCAUCUGCUGACAAACUGAUCAAAAUUUGGGGAGCUUACGAUGGAAAGUUUGAGAAAACAAUAUCGGGACACAAACUUGGCAUCUCAGAUGUCGCCUGGUCCUCAGACUCCAACCUACUUGUUUCAGCAUCUGAUGACAAGACUCUAAAGAUCUGGGACGUCAGCUCGGGGAAAUGCUUGAAGACGUUGAAAGGCCACAGCAACUAUGUUUUCUGCUGCAAUUUCAACCCCCAGUCUAAUCUCAUCGUGUCUGGAUCGUUUGACGAGAGUGUGCGGAUAUGGGAUGUAAAAACUGGCAAAUGCUUGAAGACCUUGCCAGCCCACUCCGACCCCGUCUCUGCUGUCCAUUUCAACAGAGAUGGCUCACUGAUUGUGUCCAGCAGCUACGAUGGCCUCUGCCGAAUCUGGGACACCGCAUCAGGACAGUGUCUGAAAACACUAAUUGAUGAUGACAACCCCCCCGUGUCAUUUGUGAAGUUCUCACCAAACGGCAAAUACAUUCUGGCUGCCACAUUGGACAACACCCUGAAGCUUUGGGACUACAGCAAAGGAAAGUGCUUGAAAACAUACACCGGCCACAAAAACGAGAAGUACUGCAUAUUUGCUAAUUUCUCUGUCACAGGUGGAAAGUGGAUUGUCUCUGGCUCGGAGGACAACAUGGUGUACAUCUGGAACCUGCAGACCAAGGAGAUUGUGCAGAAACUACAGGGUCAUACAGAUGUGGUGAUUUCUACUGCCUGCCACCCCACAGAGAACAUCAUUGCGUCUGCGGCCCUAGAAAACGACAAAACUAUCAAACUGUGGAGGAGCGACUGUUAAGCCUCUGCAUCCUGGGCAUGCUUAUUUUAUUUUUAUUUUCAUUUGAAGAAAAGAGGACUUUCUGCUGAGAGAUCUGGGCCCGGGAAUGCUUUUGAGGACUGAGCCUCAACUGGAAGAAUAAAAUGAACGCAAGUCCAGAACAUCACCAUAACCACACACCUUCUCUUCCUCCAGAACCAGAGCAAACCCCAACCAAACCACCACAACCCUCUACUUGGUCUUGCUUGUGUCCUUACAUGCUCUACCAUCUCUGCCUUACUGUUACUGUGAGCUGGAUGUUUGUUUCAAUUGAAAUACGAGAAUCAACUUUUGUCCUUCAUGAGGAAAGUAGUCAUAUGGUAUCUCAUGAUUUAAUCUCUGUAUGUGUAGGUGUCUUAGUAUUGAUACAUGUUUUGAUCUUAUAUUUGACCAAUUAAGCCAGAUUGCAUUGGCCUCAAGUAAGUACUAUCCCCCAUGUAAGGUGUUUGUUUUUCUUCAGAGUAAUGGACUGCUUCACUGGUGUCUGACAUCUCACUUUGACCAACUGUAAGUCUCAUUAGAAUGCAGUAGAUUAGUAGCCAGGACCCAGAUUGGUUUGUGCUGUCUUGCCAAACAUGGAGUUGACAUGAUAGCACAGAUAGCUCUAAAACCAGGCUGAAAGAUAAGUGGUAAUUGUCAUAUUUCCAAUAUUGGUAAUUAAACGGUCAGUACAAAGAGGCUUUGAAACAAAAAGCCUCAUACAUGGCAGCACUUGAGGUUGGUUUUAUGUUGUAUUUAUUAUAAAGGAAUCUGUUCAAAGCUCAAAAGGUGUUGAAGAGGGUUAAAAUGUUUUCUGGGUGAGUUUUCUGUCCCCAUCUGGGAUUUCCAUAGCCAUGUUUGGAGUUUUCCUCCAGAGGCAUAUAGUCUAUUUCAAGGAGUUUCAAGGAGUCUAUUUUUCCUCAACCACUUCUCUACAAGUCACUCAACUAACAGUUUCUCUAGUUUGAUAUCGACACUAUGCUCUGAAACAGCAAGCACUGCCUUGUUUUGAACUCACUUGUCCAUUUUACAAGAUGUAUUCUGAUUCUGUACAUUAGUGUUGGGGCUCAACUGAUUCUUUUUACAAUUCACAUGGGAUGUAAAUGGGACCGUGACAAGUCAGUGAGAUGGUGGGUUGUGAACUAUAUCGACAAGAGCCUACAUUGAAGGUGCACUUACCUGUACUGCCAGUGCAUUUACUGGUCUCAAGUCAAUCCUGCUAUACCCAAGAAGGUAAUAAUUCAAAGUGAUGUUUGUGAAGAAAGAAAUGAAAGCUAAAGAGUCUGUUUUUCAUUUGAAUGAUUAUUUUAGAAUAUUUAAUUUGGAGGUGCUUCCAGUCCACUGUCGUUCAGUUGGUACUAACUCCGUGUCUGGCUGUCAUUACGUUUAACACCUGGUGGUGAUUUCACAGCAGUGACCAAAUACCUGUUUAUUUUGUGCUCUCCAUUCUGUACAUAAUGUAUUACUACAACAUAUGUAUUGUUUGUUAGACAAGUAAUAUUUUAGCUGUCUUUCUGUAUCGUUCUCUUUAUCUUUGUCUUAAUAGCUAGUAGUUAAUUCCCCAAAUGGUCAUUUGUUUCCUGCUCUCCCUGUUUUCUGGAUUAUUUUAUCACUGCGGUGGUAUCAAGGGCUGCAUGAAAUUCUGUAUAUGCGUUUAGUCAAUCUGGAUUUUGUGAAUAUGUGUUUGCAUUUGACAGCUAUAACUUGUGAUUUAAUAAAGAGCAUUUUUUUUUUUU